UUAAAGGUGAAGUUUCAAAAGAAAAUUCAGCACACCCUACACCAUCAUAUAAGGCCAACAGAAUUGAAUUUAAAUCCAAGAUACAUGGUACUUUAGAAAAGAGAAGAUCAGCAGGAAUCAAAAGGUCUGGAAUCUCUGAAAAAACAUUCGAAGUAUGCAGUCUGAAGAGGAAAACAAAAUGAAUAACAUGGUUUCAGAAAUUGUGGUUGAGACCAUUGCAAAUGAAGGGGAUCCAGCUCCUCAACAACUCACCUCUAAGACACCCCAGAUAGAUGCACCAAAUUUACAGAAUAACCCAAAGAUUGGAGCUUUUGUUUUACCUACACCAAAUGUAACUCUCGAUUGCAAACAAGAAUUAGAAAUGAAAAGGCAGAAAAAUCUUAUUGGACAACUAAAGGCUGCUGAAUCACACAAUAAGAUACACAGUAUGCGUUUACGCUAUCGAAAAAUGAGAGCUGCAGAAAUAAAUCAUUUGAUAAUAUCUCAACCAACAGCCAGACAGGCUAUCCGACUAGAGGCACUUCUUCCACCAUGGCAAGAAAAAAUUCACUUCAAAGAUACCUUGGAUAAAUUGGAGCGAAAAAGAGUUGAAGAGAUCAUUAACGAUGAAGCAGGACUGACAAUAAAUCGAACUGUGUGAUCGGCAUUUAUAACCAUUGAUGGAGCAUCAAUUUUCCCUUUGUUACUCUUUAUAAAACUCAGAACAACUUGAUGCCACCUUAAGGACACAUAUAUAAACAAGAACCAGUACAGUGCACAAAUCUAUUCAUAAAAUAUAAUUAAGUAUCAAAGUUCAAAAUCGAUAGGAACUCUGAAACUUUAAUUGGAUAUAGUUCAUCUUUUAAAUAUGUACCAUUUGUUUGUUACCAUUUGUCUGAAGCUACUAAAAAUGAAAAGCCAGUGGAAUCAA